AAAAAAAAAUUAAACAUGAAUAGUGGUAUGUUAUACGGUGGUAAUGAAAUUGGUGCAUUGGUGUUUGAUUUGGGCUCACAAUCGUUUCGUUUCGGUUAUGGUAAAGAAGAUACCCCAGAAGCAGAAAUACCUGCUGUGGUCGGUAUUUCAGACGAUGGUGCAGUGGAUACUAGUUUGCUGGAACCUGGAGUUAAAAAAGGCAAUCGUAUCAAUGAAAAUACUAAAUAUUACAUAGACAUUAACACGUUAUGUGUUCCUCGUAAAGGCAUGGAAGUAGUGAGUUGCAUGAAAGAUGGUAUGAUUGAAGACUGGGAUUUGUUCGAAAAAAUUUUGGACUUCUCUUAUUCAAAAUACUUGCAAACUGAUUCAAAGUACCGACCAGUAUUAUUUACUGAGUCUCCCUUAAAUGUUACAUCAAAAAGAGAAAAGUUAGUAGAGUUAAUGUUUGAAAAGUACAAUGUACCAGCUAUUUAUCGAAAGGAUGCUGUCUUAGCUGCAUUUUCUCAUGGCCUUUCAUCUGGUAUUGUUGUGGACAGUGGUGCAACACAUACUACUGCAGUUCCUAUACAUAAUGGUUAUGUUAUACGUAAUGCUAUUGUCAAAUCUCCUUUGGGAGGAGAUUUCAUUAGCAAGCAGUGUAGACAAUAUUUUAAAGAAAAUGAAAUUGAAGUAAUUUCUCAUUAUAUGGUAGCGUCAAAAGAGAAAGUGAAGGAAAAAGAAAAACCCAUUUGGACCAAAAAAAAGUUACUUCCUGAAGUUUCAAAUUCUUGGCACAAUUAUAUGUGUAAAUCAGUUAUUCAAGAUUUUCAGCAUUCUGUAUUACAAGUAUCUGAGUCUCCAUAUGAUGAAAGAAUAAUUUCAGCUCUUCCAACAUCUCAUUUUGAAUUCCCUAAUGGCUACAAUCAAGAAUUUGGAAAUGAAAGGUUUAAAAUACCUGAAGCUUUAUUUGAUCCCAGUGCUAGUAUGGGUGGUUCUAUGUUGGGUGUGACUCAUAUUGUUAUUACUAGUCUUAGAAUGUGUGAUAUGGAUGUAAGACCGGUUUUAUGUGAUAAUGUCGUUGUCACUGGAGGAAAUUCAUUGUUACAAGGUUUUCCAGAGAGAUUAAAUCGAGAUCUUUCAGCCCGUAUACCAGCUAGCAUGAGAUUGAAAUUGAUUGCACCAAAUGGAUCUACUGAAAGACGAUUCGGUGCUUGGAUUGGUGGGUCAAUAUUAACCUCUAUUGGAACAUUUCAACAAAUGUGGUUUUCUCAACAAGAAUAUAAGGAAGGAGGCAAAAGUCAAAUUGAUCGCAAAUGUCCAUAA